GAGCAAGAAGGCUAUCAUCCCUACAACCAUAUUCGAGCGGAUGAGUCAGGAAAACUCUCCGGCUCACCCACGACUGGUGUAUCUAUGCCAGAAUGUUCCGGUAAAGCUAAAAAACGAGUGGUCAAGAGAAAUCCGCCGUCGUCUUCUGGUGGGAUCCAUGCUUGAAUCGGGUCACCAAACGCUUUUGCUCAAAAUGAAAAUGAGUUCAACAAAGUAA